CCGCCGCCUGCCUCGUUGCAUCCGCCUCCGCCGCCAACCCCAAACCCACCACCUCAUCAUCAUCGUACAUAACCCACCGCCACCGGGCCGUGCUGCUCUCGCGCCGCCAUCGCUCCCCGCCCCCGCGCCGAGCCACCUCGCUCGCCUCGCCAGCGCCAUGGCCUCCCCCAUCCCGCCCUCCUCUUCGCUCACCACCCCCACCUCCCAGCCCGCCCCGCUCCAGCUCCGCAUCCACCUCCCUACCCAGCCGCGCCGCCUCUCCAAGCUCCCCUUCUCGCGCGCCCUCCCGCUCCCGCUCCUCCUCCGCAUUCCGAGCCCCAUCAUCCCGUCGCUCCCCCACGCGCUCUCCUCCUCCUUCUCCGGCGGCGGCGACGACGGCCAUGACAACAACAACGGCGGCGGCGGCGGCGGGGAUAAGGAAGGGGAUGGCGGCCACGGCGACGGCGGCGCGCCCGACGACAACCGCGGGGAGGCGCUGUUCGUGCUGGCGCAGCUGGGGAGGAAGCUCGAGAGCCUGCCGUCCGAUCUCGCAGCCGCCGUCGACGCCGGCCGCGUCACGGGGGACAUCGUGCGCCGCUUCAACGACCUCGAGGCCUCCGCGCUCUUCCGCUGGCUGCUCCAGUUCAGGGGAUUCAGGGAGCGCCUCCUCGCCGACGACCUCUUCUUCGCAAAGCUCGCCAUGGAGUUGGGCGUCGGGGUCAUCGCCAAGACUGCGGCAGAGUACGAGAAGAGGAGAGAGAAUUUCGUCAAAGAGAUUGAUAUUGUCAUAGCUGAUGUGAUCAUGGCGAUAGUCGCGGAUUUCAUGCUUGUCUAUCUUCCUGCUCCAACUGUAUCUUUGCAGCCGCCACUUGCAAGGAAUGCUGGAGCUAUUGCCAACUUUUUCCAUAACUGCCCAGAUAAUGCUUUCCAAAUUGCUUUGGCUGGAAGGUCAUUCUCACUUCUGCAGAGGCUAGGAGCUAUUCUGAGGAAUGGUGCAAAGCUUUUCGCAGUGGGAACUAGUGCUUCUCUGAUUGGCACUGGUGUCACCAAUGCACUGAUCAAGGCAAGGAAGGCUGUUGACAAGGACCUCGAGGGCGAAGUCGAGGAUAUUCCAGUUGUAUCGACUAGUGUCGCCUAUGGUGUAUACAUGGCAAUUUCUAGUAAUCUCAGGUAUCAGAUUCUGGCUGGUGUGAUCGAACAGAGGAUGCUGGAGCCGCUGCUGCAUAACCAGAAGCUACUACUGAGCGCAAUGUGCUUCGCCGUUCGGACAGGCAACACAUUCCUGGGCUCUUUGCUCUGGGUUGACUAUGCCAGAUUGGUGGGCGUCCAAAAGGUUCAAGAGGCCUAAAGCUGUAGCAUCUUGUUUGCAUGUUCUUCUGUUGCAUGUUCUUCUGUUGCAUGUUCUUCUGUUUGCAUGUUCUUCUGUUGCAUGAAAUAUUCUAAAUGCUGUUCCCUUCAUUGGAAGCCUAUAGGAUAAAUUUCAAUUUUGUUUGGAAAGCCGGAAGUAGAGAGAUCUGUCGAAUUCUUGUGAGCAACGUCGUUGUACCUUGAUUUUUAAUUCCAAGCCUGCAACUUGCAAGGGCUGUCAAUUUGGGAAAUAUAUAAUACUGAGCAUUCCAUGAUACUGCCAAUGAGUUUUGGCCUUAGGAACCUUCA